GGACGUCUGAUGAAAAGAAGCUUAUCUCGGCGUCAGGGGAUGGCUUGAUUGGGAUAUUCGACACUGCCACAUGGCAGCAGAUCACUGUUCUGCAGGGUCAUCGUCUUGCUGCUAUUGCCAUCACUUUGUCUCGGAAUGCCUCCUUGCGAGUAUAGGAUGGGAUCAAACAGCACGUCUGUGGAAUUUGGACACGGAACUCCCAGUCGGACCACCCCUCAAGCACAAAGAUUACUUGUCCAGUGCAGCCUUUUCCGCUCAUGGAAAGCUGCUAGCCACAGCUUGCGAUAACAACAACGCAUACGUGUGGUACAUUCACGCCCUCCUCAAAGGGGCUGGUCUCGAAGACCUCCUGCCCACACCUGAUGUGCAUGCACCAAAAGACCAACAGAAUGUAUGCACCUCACCUCAUGGCUCUUCAAGCAUAGACCACAUAUCACAAUUAUCGCAGGAUGUAGCUGACCAGUCAUUUUUGGACGCUGAUGCUACAAGAGAUCUCAACGAGCUCGGGGAUGCCGAUGAACUCCCACCAGGCUUUUUUGACAGCACGCAAGACCACGUUCAUGUGCACCUCUGUGCUCUCAGUACUCUGCCACACAUGGUGCCCGUCCUCAACCGCUCUCUACCCAUCAACAAUGAAGCAACUGAACUUCAGCAACCCCCAGUGCCUUCAGAGACACGUUCACAUACCCUCCUCGGUCGCUUGUCCUCCCUCCUUUGCUCUCGACUCGACACUGACGAAGCAACCUCACCUCAACAAAUCCCAACGCCUUCGGGUUCACGUCGAGAUGCAAUCAUCGGCCGCCGGAGUCAUGUUCCAGACACACUCCUCUUCGGUCACCUGUUUGUACUCCCUCGCUCUCAACCGACCACUGAUGAAACAACCGAAAUUCAGCAACACUCGAGGCCGUCGAGGUCACCAGAUGCAGUUGUCGGUCGCUUGUUCUCACCCUUUCGUUCUCCACCCGACACCAAUGAAGUAGUCGAAUUCCAGCAAUGUUCGAAGCAGACCGCCCGUUGCAGUCGUCAUGUUGUUGAAGUUGCUGCAAUACGAGACAAGCAGGUAUCUAGUGAAAAGGCUAGACGCAUCAAGAACCCUAAACCACGGGUUCGUGUGGUGUUGUUUUUGUGCUGUGCAUCUCCUGGUACAGACGACGCUCGUCCCAGCUCAUAGACUAUUAUUUUCAGCUCGGUAUCUUUAUCACGUUGUAGGUAUCUUUCGCUACCCUAUGAAUAAGAUUAGGAUCUGCCUCC